AUGACCCAGUCCACGUUCAGCUUCAAUAUUGCCUUCACUCAAUCCGUGAACCCACCAGAUCAGACCGUUGUUCUCAGUGCGACGGAACUUUGGUAUGGGAUUCGACGAGGCGGCCGCAACCCCCACGACUUUGCACCGUACGUAGCCUCUUGCGAGGUUUUAUCUGGCACACAGAACGAGUUUUGUCGCAAGCUCACCCUUGCCGAUGGUGCGGUCCACACAGCAGCUGGUGAGGAUCUGAUCCAGGAUGUAAUCAUCGCCCCGCCGCUUCAUGUUCAAGCAAAGACAGUCACAACAGGCGCCACAAGUACCUUCCUACUGUCUCACGGCACAGCAGCGAAAGAGGACAAUGAGCGACCUGAGCUGUUCCUGACAGCUAUGUAUGAGCUGAAACUCGACAAUGUUAAGCCUGGGACACAGGCUGCUAAGGACAUAGAGUUCAAUUAUACAGCUCUGGCUAGAGGAGCCUGUGAUAACGCCGUCAGAGAUAUUCGCAAGUGGAAGACUGAAGGAAAGCUAGCUGCCUGGCAGAGAGAAGCCGAACAAGAUGGGGCGGGGGUCUCUAACAAGGGCGAGAUACUGCCGUACAAGGAUUAG